CAGAGGUAAAGUUGUGUAAUAUUUCCAAAAUUUGCUGAUGCCAGUGAUGGGAUAAGUCCUGUUAUAAAAUCUCUCAGUAAACAUGACGACUAUGAGAUUAAAUAUUUGAUUUUAUAUGAAUAUACUGAUUUCCAAAAUGGAAAAGAAAAUAAUUUCUGGACACUUAAAUGAGCCAUCAGCCAUGGAGACAGAUCAGCAUCAAGAUUCAACAGAGAAAGAGAAAGCUAAAAGCUUUCAUGUCAACAGAGAUUUAAUACCUGUUGCACAUUUAGAUGACCAAGCAUUUGAUGAACUUAAAAAUUUAGGACUAGAUGUAUUUAACCAAGAGGAUUUUGAAGAAGGUGUUAUGGCACAAGUAGGAGAGGUGUUGGCAAAAGAAGAGGAAGACAGAAACAAGAAAGUUUUAGAGAAGGAUCUUAGGGCUGUUGAAUUUGACAUAAAGAAUGUUGAAAAAGAGUUGAAACAGGUAACAACAGUUUUAUCUUCCUUGAAUACUGGUGUCACAUCUGCUUUUGUACAGAAAAGAUUGUUAACUGUAAAGAAACAGAAGGAAAAUAAGUCAAACCAAUUGAUGUCUUUGAAAGCAAAAGAGAAAUCUUUGAAGAAGAAGCUUGGACUUAACAUUCAGGAGUCUGAGGAAGAGGAGGAAGGGGAAAUAACUGAUAACAGUCCUGACUUAAAUAAAGUGCUAGGACUUUCAAAGGCUCCUUCAGAUGAAACUGAACAAGAAAGAAUGAUCAGAACAGGGGAGAUGACUCCAUUUGGUACAAUUGUUCCUGCAGACAGAUCACCAGAUAAGAAAACCAAUACUAGAGAGGAAAGGAAAAUGGAAGCCAUCAUGAAGGCAUUUGAAAAGAUGGACAAAAAUCAGAGAAGGAAGAGAGAAUCACUAAUUAGUAAAUUACCAAGGAGAGACAGUUCUGAGAUUGAAGAGGACAGUAAAAAAAUAUUUCCUGAUACGAAAGGAAGGAGGAAAGCACGCAGUGAUGAAGAAGGAUCUUUGUCUCCAUCCAAGUCUCCCAGAGCAUUAGUUAAGAGUAAGUCAGAUGGAGCAAUGGAUAAAAGACUAUGUAAAAUGGAAGACCUCCUAGAUGAUGAAGUCUGUGAUGAUGAAGGGGAUGAAUACAAGCCAGAUUUCAAAGAACAGUCAGAGAGUGAAGACAGUGGUCUUGAUAAUACAGAAAAAAAGAAAAAGUUGAAGAAGAGGAUACCAAUAAAACCAAGAAGACCUCCAAAGUACAUAGAUUCUGACGAUGAAAAAGUUGACAAAGAAGAAGGAGGAAAACAGAAACUGAGCCGAGAAAAAUCGUUGAGGACCACAGAUGAUGGCGAUGAUUAUUCUUUUGACAAGAGGAUUCGGGAUUUUAACAAGGCUGAGAGGAAGAAACAAGACCUGAGAGCAGCAGGAGAAUUAUCUGAAUCAGAGGAGGAUGAGGAGAUGGAAGGAGGGUUUAAAGUCCCUGGAAGAAUCUGGUCUAAACUAUUCAAAUACCAGAAAGUUGGAGUAAAGUGGUUAUGGGAGUUACAUUGUCAACAAGCUGGUGGAAUUAUUGGAGAUGAAAUGGGACUGGGAAAAACUAUACAAGCAAUAGGAUUUCUAGCUGGUCUACGUCAAAGUAAAAUCAGGGACAAACAUUUUUUGUUUAGAGGACUAGGUCCUACCAUUAUAGUCACUCCAACUACAGUCAUGCACCAGUGGGUCAAAGAAUUCCAUAAAUGGUGGCCAUUGUUUAGAGUAGCUAUACUACAUUCCUCAGGAUCUUACACUUGUAAAGAGGCAGAACUAAUUAGGACUAUUGUGAAAGAGAACGGUGUACUGGUUACAUCCUACAGUACUUUGGUAAUUCACCAGGAGUUAAUCAUAUCAUAUAACUGGCAUUAUAUCAUUCUGGAUGAGGGACAUAAGAUCAGGAAUCCGGAUGCACAGGCUACACUGGCUGUAAAACAGAUUAAAUCACCCCACAGAAUAAUCCUCUCUGGAUCCCCUAUCCAGAAUAAUCUUAAAGAGUUAUGGUCCCUGUUCGAUUUUAUCUUUCCUGGAAAACUUGGUACUUUGCCUGAUUUCAUGGCCCACUUUGCUGUCCCUAUUGUUCAAGGUGGAUAUUCAAAUGCUUCACAACAGCAGGUUCAAACUGCUUAUAAAUGUGCCUGUGUACUGAGAGAUACUAUUAAUCCUUACAUGAUCAGGAGAAUGAAAGCUGACCUCAAGAUUAAUCUGCCCAGUAAAAAUGAACAGGUGCUAUUCUGUAGAUUGACACAGGAACAGAGAGAGACAUAUAUGGAAUAUUUACAGUCAAGGGAAUGUCAGUCUAUAUUGUCAGGAAAAUAUCAGAUCUUUUCUGGUUUAAUCACACUACGUAAAAUAUGUAACCAUCCAGACAUAUGUACUGGAGGACCAAAGUUAUACAUUGGAGAGACUCCAGGGAAUGAUGAAUCAUUAGAAUAUGGAUACUACAAAAGAUCUGGGAAGAUGAUUGUUGUAGAGGCAUUAUUGAGACUGUGGAAGAAACAGGGUCAUAAAGUUCUGCUUUUCUCACAAAGUACUGUUAUGUUAGACAUCUUAGAAAGAUUUGUAGCCAAACCAAAAUACAGUUACCUAAGAAUGGAUGGUUCAACGCCUAUAUCUACCAGACAGCCACUUGUAAACCAGUUCAACAAGGAUGACUCCAUAUUCUUAUUCUUGCUGACAACCAGAGUUGGUGGCCUUGGUGUAAACUUGACAGGCGCUAACAGAGUCAUCAUCUUUGACCCCGAUUGGAACCCCAGUACUGAUACUCAGGCAAGGGAGAGAACUUGGAGGAUAGGUCAGACUAGACAGGUGACUGUCUAUAGACUGGUUACUACAGGGACCAUAGAGGAGAAAAUAUACCACAGACAAAUCUUCAAACAGUUUCUAACCAAUCGAGUCUUAAAAGAUCCCAAACAAAGAAGAUUCUUCAAAGCAAAUGACUUGUAUGAGUUGUUUGAUUUGAAUGUUGAUUGUAAGGAAGGAACCGAGACUGGUGCCCUGUUUGCAGGUACUGGAUCAGAGGUAAGCAAAGCUGAUGUAAGAAGGAGAGUUAAACAACACAAACUCAACAGAUUUGACCUCAUGAAAGAAAGACAGAAAGCACAAAAAGAAAGUGAAAGUAAAGAAACUGCAAAGGAUGAAGAUGAUAUGGAUGAUGUGAAGAAAAAUUUCAAUGAAGAUGAGGUAAAUAGAAUGAAAGAGAUAGCUAAGAGGCUCAGUCAACAAAUUAUGACUGGAAUGUUUAAAAAGCCUAAUGAAACGACAGAUCAAAAUAGUAUAGGUGAAGAAAAAUCUGAAGAAAAUUCAAAUGGGUCUGUUUUGAUUAAAGAAAAUCUAGACGAUAUAAAGAACAAUGUUGUUGAUUGUGGGGAGGAAUGUAGUGAAUCUAAACAAACUAUUGAUCUGUCACCAAAACACUCAGGAAUUGUUUGUGAUGAUGAACAACCAAGUACUUCAAAAACUUCUUUAUCAGUUGGAAGUAAAACAACCAGCAUGCUAAAGGAAAUGUUAAUAGCUGGUAAACAAAGUGAUUUGCAAACACAUUCAUUCUCCACUAGUGAAAGGCAACAUAAACACUCUUCUUCCAGUGUUGGUCAUCAUAAAUCCCAUAGAGGACGUACACAUAGUCAUUCCAACGCAGAAGGUAAACACAAGGUGUCUCAUGGAGAACAUAAACAUAGUGAGUCUCAUGGACAGCAUAAACAUAGUCAAUCCCAUGGAAAGCAUAAGCAUAGUCUCUCUAACAGUCCUCAUAAACACAGACAUUCAUCUCAUAAGGAAAGUAAACAUUCCUCUGAAAAUGGAAAGGACAGACACAGGAAAGAUAAGAAGAGGAGACGAAAGGAUGCAAAGUGUGAAGGAGAGAGGAUUCCUAACCUAGUUAAAAGUGACACUUACACACCAGCAGCUGAUGAGGAGGAGGAAAUAGAUAGAGAGAAAGAGCAUGCUGCCCAGGAUGAUUAUGUCCUUCAGAAACUCUUCAAGAAAAAUGGUAUACAAGGUGCUUUGAAACAUGAUGUGAUUAUGGACCCUAGUAAACAUGAUUAUAUGAUAGUUGAGGCAGAGGCUGAUAGGGUUGCAACGGAGGCUGUCAAAGCUCUAAAAAGGUCAAGGUCACAGUGUCUAGGAGCAAUGUCUGGUGUACCAAACUGGACAGGUCAACAUGGUACUAUGGCUAAAAAACCAAGAUUUGGACAGAAGAAAAAUACCCAGUUACUUGAAACUGUUGUACAAACUACAUCAUCUGAUGUACAAAAAAUGAAGAAGAUUGAAAAGGGUGAAUUUUCUGGUGAAAAGAGUCUCUUUGAUGGUACCAAAGCAGGAAGUGUUGUGAUUAAUACAGAUACUGGAUCCUCAGCUCCUGAGGUUAUGACUUCUGAUGAACUUUUAACCCGAAUGAGAAGGAGAAAUGUAGUUAGUGGUAAUACAACUGCUACUACUUCUACUGGUGCUGAAAAUGAUGAAGUAAACCAACAAGACGAUGAUUCAUCGACUCCAAUAGUAGAUGAUGAUUCAUUCAAACUUAUAACAGAAAUCAGAAAUUUUAUAAUGUUUGAAUGUCAUUCUAUGUGUAAGGCAAUGACUCAGGAAAUUUUAGAUGAAUUUGGACCAAGAUUACCUCCUGCUGAAACAGCAAAAUUUAAAUCUAUGUUGAAAUCUAUUUGUGACUUUGAAAAAGUGGAUGGCAUUGGAUACUGGAAACUUAAAAAUUCAUUCAGAUGACAUUUUUUGUAUUUGUUAAGUUUGUAAAUAUAUGAAUUUCAAAAGGCAGCAUUUAAAAUGUAUGAAGCAGCAUAAAUGAACAAAAUAAAUUGUAAUGAAACCAGUGAUCACCGAAAUCAUUAAAAUAUUAUGUGUAAAUUACAAAGCUUUUGCCAUACAAAAUAUGUUCCUGUUAUUAUUUGUAGGCAAUAACAUGUAAAUCAUACAACAUUAAUUUCUUGUGCUUGGUCUGUUACGUUUCCCCUUUUCAACAGGAAAUUAUUAUAAAUAUGUAAUAUACCAGUACUUAAUUCAGAAUACAUUUCUUCAAUUACUUUGAAAAAAAUAACACAUACAUUUUUAGUACCUUUAGAAUAAAGGAUUAUCUAAUUGUAGAUAUUUUGUAUUUUGAUAAUACGUCUGUUUGUUCUUAUAUUUUUCCUUUUGUCUUUAAAGUGCAAUAUCAGAGACUAUUUGCUGUGCUAUCUUUGUUUUUCUUUUUAUUUUGAAGUUUUGAAAUGAGUGAGAUUAUUUUUACAAUUUGCUUUGUAAAUGAUGAACAUUAUUAGUUUGUUAGUUUGUAAAAUCAUGUAAAAAAAAAUGGUUGUGGCCUUAUAACUUAUAUUUAAGUUUUACGAUAGAUGUUACAAUUAUUGUAGUUUGAUAAACCUAAUUUACUUGGCAUUAGUUUCUGUAAAUUUGCUAAAAAUUAAAGGAACCAAUGUCAGCUUGUUAUAACCAGAAGAGUGUCUCAGGAAGUUUCAAGAACAAUGGCAUAUUCAGCAUUUUUUUCUAUUCCUCCCCCCCCCCCCUCCCCCCACACACACACACAUUUUGCUUUGUAUCAUUUCUUCAUCACAUGUUAGUGUAGAAUUCAGCUAAUUUUAUCAGGAAAAUAAUAUCUGCCAGAAAUGAAGAAGGAAAAUAUGAGAUCUCAAUUUGAAUAUAUCAAGGAUAGACAUUGUUAAUCAACUUUCAAAGUAAAAAAAAAGUGACGUUGUACAGUCCAUUAGAACCCAACAAAUCCAACGAGAUUUUGUAGGAUGAUUUUCAUUUGAAUAGUUUCUUUGAAAAAUAUUAAUUAGGUUUAAAUGUUUAUUUUAUCUUAAUGAAUAUAUUACAGUUAUACUAUUUACAUUCAUUUUGAUAUGUCUUAUUUGAACCAGAGAACAAAAAUAAAGAUGUUUAAAACUUG